AGCAGCAGAGACAAACAAACAGCGAGAGCUGGACUGUAGACAGUCAGCCAAAGGCUCAAAGGCGUAAACUCAGGACAUAGCAUUGAGAUUGUGAGUAAACAAGGCCAUGCAGCAACAGAGCAGAUCUUUCUUGGGCUAAAAAAGAUGGAUCUUAACGAAUACCAUGAAGUGACCAAUAAAUCCAUAGACAUGGACAGGCUGAAUCAGAAUGUUCCAGAACACGGCCGUCAGACUCAUCAGGUCUUACAGAGCACACCACUGGACCUGAUUGAAACAGGCAAGACUCUCAAAGUCCAGGCAGAACGACCCCAUCUUGUCAGCUUAGGAAGUGGCCGUCUGAGUACGGCUAUAACCCUGCUGCCCCUGCCAGAAGGGAAGACUACACUCGGUCAUGGGAACACAGACAUUAAUAUUCAGGGUCCGGGUGUGACUGCUCAACAUUGCUACAUUGAAAAUGUGGGGGGAGCCAUCAACCUAUACCCCUGUGGAAAUUUGUGCUCAUUGGAUGGCUUAGCAGUUACCAAACCUGUCAGACUCACACAAGGGUGUAUGCUGUGUUUUGGUCAGUCAUCCUUUUUCCGCUUUAACCACCCAGAGGAGGCCAUCAGGAUGAAGAGUUUGAUGUCUGGUGGAAGCCCUGGAUUUACCAGUACCUACAAGAACCACUCAGAAACCUAUGGGGAAGUCAAUGGCAACCACGUUCCUUUGCACGAGCGACCUCGUCCUGGACACGGCACUCUUGUGCGCUCUAUUGAGAAGGAUAUUCAGGACAUUAUGAAUUCUCUGACUAUGGAUGAAGGCCAGACUUCCUCAUCUGAGCAAUGUAAAAAAAAACGCCACCCCAUUCCACAGUCUGCCAUGCUCAACAGGAGCGGCCACGGUCUUGUCUCCCCUCCAACCAGUCCUGGUACUUUGUCUGUAAGCUCCAGCUAUGAAAAUACCAGUUCUUCUUUCUCCCACCUCUCCACCCCCUCUGUGGUUUGUAGUCCAGGGGCUUGUUUGGACUCCGCUAAUACCCGUUCCACCAGCUACACCCACACCGUCCAGGCCCCGGUGCCACAGCCACGCACUUUUGCAUCCAAAGCCAGUAGUUCAAACGGAGGGCUAAAGGAUCAAGAAAGUCCCAGGCUUCAAAAAGCCUUGACUGAAACUCCCUCAAGCCCUUCUACAAACUGUAGAGGCGAGAGUCCACACCUGGCCCAUGGUUCCUCUUCUGGGUCUGUCUCAAAUGCAUCUGGAGAUUUAGGCAGACAGAUCAAUGCUAGGCUCACCUCCUUGUCCUCACCAGCAUCUUCUAGCCCCAGAUCCAGUGUUGGCUCAUCAGUCCAAGAAACUUCUUCCAGUCUUCAGUCCCAUUCACGUGCAUUCCUUCCUCCAGACAGUCCCCAGUCAUCCCGCCGUAGUGUAGAACAAUCCAGCAUGCGUGAACUUCCUCUCAGCCCCUCCACAGCACGCAGAGGUGUCCUUGGGGUGCCAGUUCUUCCUGGAGCUCUACCCGGUGUUCCUUUGACCUCUCGUGGCCGGACUGUACCAGAGAGUCCUCGUCUCCAACGACGACCCACAGCUGAGGAAGAAGUAGGAAAUACAAAAUUGCAUGCCAGAAGUCCAUCUCCUGUAUCUGUUCUUUUGAAGGACCAGCCUUGCUGUAAGCAGAAGACGGGUAUCACCCCAGCUCUAGGCUCUCAGACAGGUGUGUCUCCUCUCACUAGUCCCCGUAACCAGAGAAAGAACCCCAGGGAGCCUCGGCAGGUUCAGCCGCGCACACGGGAACGCAAGAACAGCAUUUCAGAGGUCAGCGACAAAGAGGAAGACCUACUUGAGUACCAUCGCUGGCAAAGAGAGGAAAGGAUGCGUGAGCAGGAAAUGGAGAGGCUGGAGAGGCAGAGGCUUGAGACCAUCCUGAAUUUGUGUGCUGAGUAUAAUAAGAGCGACCCUCCAGUUGGUGUGGACAGAGGGAGGGCAUGUCAGUUUCCAGGGAUGGAGGAGGUCUCUGUUUGGCGACCCGCCCCUGACCCUGCGAGUGUGCUGGCCGAGAGCUCUCACAGACAGAGAGAGAGUGAGGAGGAGAACCUGAAAGAGGAAUGUAGCAGCACUGAGAGCCAGCACCAGGAGCAUGAAGAUUCUUCAAUGCUGGGGCAGCAGGAGAGAGCGUAUCUGGAGGAAGAGCGGCUCAGGGUUAUGGCUCGGGUGGACGAGCUGAAGACUCGUGUCACUGACCUGGAACAGCAGAUACAGGAGUCCAGACAAGAGGCAGAAAUGGAGAGGGCAUUACUGCAGGGUGAACGGAAGGCGGAGCUUGAUCAAGUGGAGGCAGCGUUGGAGAUCAUCAAUCAACUUCAGCUGAAACUGAAUGAAGUGGAAAAUUCGACUCGGAGGGAGAAAGAGAAGGAAAGAGCAAAAGUCUCAGCUGAGCAGGAUGUCCUGGCCAGGCUGAGGGAUUCGUACAGUGAGCUGAAGGGCCAGCUUCAUAAAUGCCCCGAAUCACUGAGGGAGCACUUACAGGAACAACUGACCAGGAAGGUGGAGGCACUGGAGUCGGCCACUAAGCGCUUUGAGGAUUUGGAGUUCCGCCAGUUGGAGCGAGAGAGUGGCAUGGAGGAGGAGAAGGAGACGGUCAGCAGGCAGCUGUUGCAAGAGAAGGCAGAGUAUCACCGGAAUGUGGCCAAAAGGAAGGAGAAAAUGGCAGCUCUGGAGAUCCAGGCUAACCAACUUGGACUUCAGGCAGCUCAGGAUUGUGAAAAGAUGGCCAAAGAUCGAACUCUGGCCCUACAGAUGCUCCAGAAGAUAAUUGAAGGCAGAAAUAAUCUGCCCAAUGUCGUCUUCAGCCAAUGGAUGCACCACAGCAACAGUAUCAGUAUCUGUUUCUCCCUUAGCAGCAACGGGCUGGCAGGACUGAGGCUGGAGGAGAUGGAAAAGAUGUUGAAGGAGGCCCAGCAGGAAAAAGCCAGACUGGUGGAGAGUCGAGAGAGGGAAGUCCAGGCACGAAAGCAGCUGCUGGAGGCUGAGAGAAGGCGGCGAGAGGAGGUGGAGAGGAGGCUGCAAGAUGAGACUGAGCACAGGCAGAGACUUGUGGAGGAAGAGGUCAAGCUGAGAGAGAAACAGUGUUCCCAGGCUCGGCCAAUGACGCGCUACCUGCCUAUUCGAAAAGAGGAGUUUGACCUGCGUUCUCAUGUGGAGUCAUCAGGCCACUGCGUGGACACAUGUGCAUAUGUCAUUGUUACAGAGAAAAUGUGCAAGGGCCAUCUUGUGAAGAUGGGCGGCAAGAUCAAAUCCUGGAAGAAACGCUGGUUUGUCUUUGAUCGACUUAAAAGGACCUUCUCUUAUUACGUAGAUAAACAUGAGACCAAACUGAAGGGUGUCAUCUACUUCCAAGCCAUAGAAGAGGUGUAUUACGAUCACCUGCGCAGCGCAACUAAGAGUCCGAAUCCUUCGCUAACCUUCUGUGUGAAGACUCAUGAUCGACUUUAUUUCAUGGUGGCACCAUCCCCAGAGGCCAUGCGUAUUUGGAUGGACGUCAUAGUAACAGGUGCCGAGGGCUACACGCAGUUUAUGACCUGACGGAGAGUGGAUGCAAUUCUGCCUGCUGUGAUCUGAGAGCAGACAGGUCGUGCAACAUAUGCAAAAUUAUGUUUAAAAAUCUUCAGCCAGCACUGAUUUCUUUGUCAUUGUGACUAGAGAAGAACUGGAUGCAGGCUGGCCUGAUGACGAUGUAUUAUUGUGCAACUGUUGGUCCGAUUUUAUGUCACUAAAAAGAGAAGUUGAAAAAAAAAUAUAUAUGUGACCCUGGAGCACAAAACCAGUCG